GAGCCUGAGCUUCACACAAAGGGCUCAGAUCAGGACGUUUUAAAUGUAAAGAGUCAGUCAGAAAGUCACGGUGCAGCGCUCAGCCGGACAGGAGCAUGGACGCUCUGCGCUUACUGGACAACCGGAGAGAGGACCUUCAUGUGUCGCAGGACCAGGCAGACAUGGACCACCUCAACAGGAACACACAAGAGUGUGGACGGCAGACUCACCAGGUGCUUCAGAGCACGCCUCUGGACCUGAUCGAGACCGGGAAGGGGCUGAAGUUCCAGGCAGAGCGCCCCCAUCUGGUGAGCCUGGGGAGUGGCCGACUGAGCACUGCGAUCACCCUGCUGCCCCUACCCGAGGGUCGCACCACCCUGGGUCACGGCCCCAUGGACAUCAGCAUCCAGGGUCCCGGCGUGGCGGCGCAGCACUGCUUCAUCGAGAACCGCUCGGGGGUCAUCACCCUGCACCCCUGCGGGAACCUGUGCGCCGUGGACGGGCUCCAGGUCAAACAGCCCACCCGCCUGUCUCAGGGGUGCAUGCUGUGUUUUGGCCAGUCAGCCUUCUUUCGCUUCAACCACCCAGAGGAAGCCUUCAGGAUGAAGAGCAUGAUGCCCCACGGAGGAGCCGGCUCCACCGGGGACUACAGACUGUGUGCAGACUCUGAGAGUUUGGUCAAUGGGAAUCACCAGGCCAGCCCAGCCCAGUGUCCCCCCGCUCCUGGAGAGAGAGUCCAGUCUGAGCACAGCGCUAUUGUCAGCUCAAUUGAGAAGGAUCUCCAGGAGAUUAUGGACUCUCUAGUCAUGGAUGACCCCCAGCCUUCGUCCUCAGAGGCAAAGAAGCCUCCUGGAGGCCACAAUGUCGCCCACUCACCAUUGUCCCCCAUGGUCAAUGGAGGGGGGCGGUACCUGUUGUCCCCUCCUACCAGCCCGGGCGCCAUGUCCGUCGGGUCGAGCUACGAGAACACGUCCCCCCCUUUCUCCCCGCUUUCCUCCCCCUCAGCGGCCAGCAGUGGGAGUUUUACCAGCCCGUCUCCAAGUGGAGGACCCCAGGACCAGAGUUCUUCUCUGCCGCCAGUGCCUGUACGCUCCUCUAGCUACAACUUCACCGCCCAGCCUCCACCUGUGCCCCAGCCACGGACCAUACUGCCUAACUUCAGCGGUAGUGGGGCGGGACCGAAGGUCCAGGAAAGCCCCCGGCUGCAGAGGAAGGUCUUAACGGAGGCUCCUCCGAGCCCCAAGCCCAGUCGCAGAGGACUGGGCCAUGAUGGGUCUGAAAGCCCUCGACAGACCCCCCUUCUGUCCUCCAGUGAGUCUCUCAGUAGUAGAAAUAAUGUGCCAAGUAGCCCCAGACUCACUCCCAAGUUCCCCACCUGUCCAUCCCCGUCGCCUUCCAGUCCCAGGACCAAGACUGCCACGGUGCUCCAGGAAAGGCCUGCCAGCCCCUUCAGAGAGCAGACCAGUCUCGCCGACUGCUCGCUUAGCUCCAGCCCCUCCAGGCAACUUUCCCAACCUACCCGAGCCUUCCAGCCCCCCCUGGACCCCAUCGUCCACAUUAUCCAAGGAUCGCCGCUGCAGCAGCACCCACGCUCGCUGCAGCCCCCCGAGAGCCCCCGCAUGGCGCGGAGGAACAUGGAGCUGAAUGGCUGCGGCUCGGCGGCCAGUAGUAUGAGGGAGCUGCCCCCGCUGAGUCCCUCCAUGUCUCGGAGAGGCAUUCCAGUUCUACCAGGAGCUUUACCAGGGACCAUCCCCGCACUGAGGACUCCAGACAGCCCCUCAGGCCUGGGUAAGCUUGUUCCCGAGAGCCCCAGGCUUCGGCGCAAGACGGGAUCUUCAUCGGAGGAACCGACCUGCAGCAGAGGGAUGCGAGCUCGCAGCCCAUCGCCUACCUCGAUGAUGAUGGAGGGUAAUGGCGGCGGCGUGGGGGCUCGGAAGGCCAGUUUUGGGAAUUCCCUGUCGCCCGCCUACAGCCUGGGUUCCCUGCCGGGCUCGUCUCCGGUGGCGAGUCCCCGGACUCACAGGAAGAUGUCCGCCGGACGGCCCCACCCCGGGAUGAGGGAGAGGAAGAACAGCAUCACGGAGAUCAGCGACAAUGAGGACGAGCUGCUGGAGUACCACCGGCGACAGAGAGAGGAGAGACUUCGAGAGCAGGAGAUGGAGAGACUGGAGAGACAGCGACUGGAGACCAUCCUCAACCUCUGUGCGGAGUACAACAAAGGAGAGAGCGUGGGCCCGGACGCCCAGGGCCCGGUGAGGGCGGGCUUCCCCGGGGGUCUGCCGGACGGCUCGGGACGGAGACCGUCCGUGGACAACCUGUUCGGGGGGCCGGCGUCCCCGGCGGCGCUGCGCCUGGCGCAGCGGCAGCGGGAGAGCGACGAGGAGAAUCUGAAGGAGGAGUGCAGCAGCACGGAGAGCACCCAUCACGAGGUGAGGGCGUCCUCGGCUCCCGGCGCGGCGGCGGCGGCGGCGCUGCUCAAUGGAGACCAGCAGCAUGAGGACUCGUCCAGCGCCGGCCGUCUGGAGCUCAGCUACCUGGAGGAUGAACGGGUCCGCGUUCUGGCUCGCAUCGACGAGCUCAAAUCCCGCCUGACGGAGCUAGAGCAGCAGCUGCAGGAGUCCAAGCAGGAGGCGGAGAUGGAGCGUGCCUUGCUGCAGGGCGAGAGGCAGGCCGAGCUGGACCAGAUCGAGUCUGAGACGGACAUCAUCGCUCAGCUGCAGCACAAGCUGGACGAGCUGGAGAGCGCCAUCCAGAGGGAGAAGGACAAGGAGAGGGCUAAUGUUGAGGCCGAGCGCCGGGCCCUGCAGAGCCUCCAGGAGGGCUACGCUGAGCUGAAGAACCAGCUCCAUAACUGCCCCGAGUCCCUGCGGGAGCACUUGCAGGAACAGCUCAAGAGGGAUGGAGAGGCCCUGGAGGCGGGCACCAAGAAGUUCGAGGACCUGGAGUUCCAGCAGCUGGAGAGGGAGAGCAGCCUGGAGGAGGAGCGGGAAACCAUCAGCCAGCAGCUGGUCCAGGAGAGAGCCGAGUACCACUGCAGCGUGGCGAAGAGGAAGGAGAAGGUGUCUGCGCUGGAGAGCCAGGCCAGCCAGCUGGGUCUGCAGGCGUCGCAGGAGUGUGAGCGGCUGGCCAAGGACAGGACGCUCACGCUGCAGAUGCUCCAGAAGGAGAAGGAGAGGCUGACCGCCCUGGAGAAGAGGUACCACAGCCUGACGGGAGGAAAGGGCUUCCCCAAGUCUUCCACCGCCAUGAGGGAGGAAGUGCUCCACUGGGGCGAGGCCGACCUGUUGCUGGAGGACGUCCUCUCCUCCCAGCUCUCCCUCUGCCCAGCCUCUCCUCCAUACUUACAUCCCUCCCUUUCCUGUCGGUUGUACCCCAGCAGCCCGACGGAGGAGAACAACAAGAUGUUGGGCGGAUGCCACCAGAGCAGCAAAGCCAACUCUCAGGGCCGCUCGUUUGCCAUAGACGCUGCGUUAUCCGGCGCCCGCGAGGUGUUUCGGUCCAAACUGGACAGCGAUCCCGGCCUCAAACCCGGCUCCUCGUCUCCUCUGCAGCUGGGAGCGGCGACGCUGGGACGCAACAGCAGCUCCAAGAGCCCCCUGCUGACUGUGGGCAGUACUGGAAGCCUGCCCAGGAAUCUGGCUGCCACCCUGCAGGACAUCGAGACCAAGCGUCAGCUGGCUCUGCAGCAGAAAGAGCUCCAGACGAUCAGGCAGAUCACCAUAGAGGAAUUCCCAGCAGGCCAGCAGGUGAUCGACGAGCAGCGCCGCCGCCUGGCCGAGCUGAAGCAGCGCGCCGCCGCCGAGGCGCAGUGCCAGUGGGAGGCGCUGCACGGCUCGCAGCCCCACCUCCUGGCCUCGUCCUCGCCGUCGCCCUCCUACUCGCCCGUCAUGGCCUACAGCCCGGCGCCGCUGGUGCACCACUCCAUCCUGCACCACCAGCCGCCGCCCGGCGGGGAGCAGCCCUACGACACCCUGAGCCUGGAGAGCUCCGACAGCAUGGACACCAGCAUCUCCACCGGGAACAACUCCGCCUGCUCCCCCGACAACAUGUCCAGUGCCGGAGGAGCCGACGCUCUGAAGAUCGAAGAGAUGGAGAAAAUGCUGAAGGAGGCGCAGCUGGAGAAAGCCAGGCUCAUCGAGUCCCGGGAGCGAGAGAGCCUGGCUCGCCGUCAGAUGCUGGAGGAGGAGAGGCGGAGGAGGGAGGAGGCCGAGAAGAGGCUGCAGGACGAAACUUUCCACCGACAGCAGCUCGUGGAGAAGGAGGUCAAGCUGAGGGCCAAGAACUUCUCCCAGGCUCGCCCCAUGACCAGGUACCUGCCCAUCCGGAAGGAGGAGUUCGACCUGCGCUCGCACGUGGAGUCGUCGGGCCACAGCGUGGAGACGUGCUACAACGUCAUCCUCACCGAGAAGAUGUGCAAGGGCUACCUGGUGAAGAUGGGCGGCAAGAUCAAGUCCUGGAAGAAGCGCUGGUUCGUCUUCGACCGCCUCAAGCGGACCUUCUCCUACUACGUGGACAAACACGAGACCAAGCUGAAGGGGGUCAUCUACUUCCAGGCCAUCGAGGAGGUUUACUACGACCACCUGCGCAGCGCCUCAAAGAGUCCGAACCCGUCGCUGACGUUCUGCGUGAAGACCCACGACCGGCUCUACUACAUGGUGGCGCCGUCGGCGGAGGCCAUGAGGAUCUGGAUGGACGUGAUCGUGACGGGGGCGGAGGGAUACACUCAGUUCAUGAACUGACGGCUCGCCUCGCUCCAUUCAGCUCGGAUCUCCUCACUCUGGUUUUUGUUUUUUUUUUUUUUUGUUUUUUUAAUGUGUUCGGAUUGAAAAAGGGAGCCUUCACGGAACACACACUCUCGUGUAUAUAAACCAAAAUGACUUUACAAAGCCUUUCUAUAUUGCCAAAUGGAGAUCUUGUAGUUACUGUUUGAAUCUUUUUGUAUUAUUUGUUUCUUUUUUCUUUUCUUUUUUUACUGCUAGCGAAAAAAUUUGCCAAAUGACAUCAAGCCAAUGUUUUUAUUUGAUUGUUCCAUCACGCCGUUUUGACACAAGUCUGCAGUCGAAGGUUCCAAUCGUUGUGGAAAUCAAUGAGAAAAGACAAGAGAGCGAAGGAUGGGAGUCGCUGCUGCUCACCCCGCGCUCCCUCACUCGGCAAGGCAAGGCGAGGCGCGCCGUACGUCUGGAGUCGCUCGUUAGCGACGCUAGCUCUCGCCGUCUGUCAGCAACACUCAGAUCGGCCCGUCGAACACUGAGCAGGAAGACGUCCAGCCCCAAAGCUGCUAGCAGCACACCCAGAAACAAGCUAGCUUAGACCGGAUAACUUGCAAUUUUAGCCGCUUGGUCUCCUUUAGGUUUCCAAAAACUUUGUUUUAGCAUGUUUUAAUAUGUUCUGUUAACUUUGGUUCCAUUUUUAAAUCCACAGCUCCAGCAUUGUUGGCCUGGCUAACAUGUUUAGCAACAGUUUUAGCCUCUUGACGCAGAUUAUCUAUUAAUCAAAGCUCCCUCAUCCACCCUUCUGCAGGAAGAACUAAAGAUAAAGAAAGCAGCAGACAACAGGAGUCGUGCUAAAAGCGGCUAAAGCGAGCGCCGACGUCUUCAUGCAGUAUUAAAGUGAUGCUGAAGCGUCUUGAGUGGCUCCUCCCGCACGGCGGCGUCUUGUUUUGACAGAUGAAGCAGAAUGACGGAGGAGGCUGACGGAGUCUCUCUUCUUCUCCGGCUCCUGUCAGGCGCUUGUGAAAAGCCGGCCGUCUGACAGCUUCGGCGCUGGACUUGUGAGACCACAGGGUUGGAGCCGGCGCCGCCGUCCGCCUGCAUUACUGCCCCGGUUUGAGCGGAGGAGAGACCCGCGGCCCUGCCUCUGCAUCGCGGCGUCAGUCUGUCAGUCGUGGUUCUGACCUCUGCGUUAGAUAACGGCGCCACGCGAGCGCCCGGGUACUAGCAGGUACAGAGCCACGCCGCCGCGUUACCGUGGAGCCCCAGCAGGGGGCGCCCCGACCGCCACGUGGGUUCAACGCUAACCCCACUCGGAACUGUGCCUUGACUACGAGUUCGAUUCCACUUUUCCUGAGCUCUGCGGCUCGUGGACACGUCAGCAGGACGCUUUACUCGGAAUGCGUCACGAACACGUUCUGUUUCUUUUUGGAUCGUCGACUGUUGCGUUCAGGCUCUGUGAAACACCGGGUUCACUGCACUGUGAGAAGAAGCUAUUGAUCAAUUGGAAAAAAAACCAUUAAAAUGUGGUUUGAUGUUGCAUUGAAUUAUGGGAAAUGUAGUUCUCACUUAAAUCAGCUCCUGAAAGUCAAAAAACUGAUUUUGCUGUGACUCACUACACCACCUAGUGGUACAAAUGAGUAGUACAACCGUUAUAAUGAAUUUGUUACGUUUAACUUUAGACCAGUGGUUCCCAACCUGAGGUCUGGGACCCCUGUUGUGGACAUGCCAGGUAUUAAAUUGACACUCUAAAGCAGGUGUGGGAGACUGGUUUCUGCAACACGAACAUUUCAGGCCUCAGACACGUGACAUCUCGUGUUUGUAAUUUGACACCAGCCUCCGGCAUAUUCCACCUGUCAGUCAGCUCGCCUUUUCUUUUUAGCGUUUUAAGCUAAAACACCCAGACUUUUAGCUCUGUUGCCUUUUAAUCAACCUCCAGCUUUAACAGUUUGACUUCAGUCGUGGACGAGGCGGCGGCGAGGCGGCGUGUGGAACCGCGGCGCCAUGUUAACGUGUGGCCGUGAUCAUGAUCGUUUCUGGUUGUGGUGCCUGAGAAAUCGUGAAAUGUUUACUGUUAUAAAAAAAAAAAAAAAAGUAGAGAACUA